GAAUCUAAAAUGAUUCGCACUGCAGUACGCAGCCUGACUUCCUUCGUGGUUCAUCUCGAAUCUGCGAGUUACGAAUUCAGACGAUUCGUAAUGCAAAAAUUACAAAAGUGAGACAAGCCUUUGUUGCCAUUAUUGUUACGUUAUACUGGUUGGUUGGGUAGAUAGUGAUAGUGUUAAAAUUAGUAAGUGUGCCGUGUGCAAGGAAGACAAAUGCUGCGUCUCGGUCCGUUACCUCGCAUGCAGUUGUCAUGUUUUGUCAUCCUGAUCUGUUUUAGUUUUAAAUUGACGGUGCGGGCGAAUGGACCGUACGAAUGUAGCCAAGGUGGACACGGUGCCCACGAUUUGAUAGAAAACGGGGUCAUGAAUCCCAAAUAUCAGUGGUACAAGAGGGGCAAGAAAACCUAUAUUCCUGUUGUAAUGGACCAUUCUUAUUCGUACAACGAGCACAGCACGAUUAUCGGCGGUUUGCAAGAAAUCUCUGAAAAAACUUGCGUCGAAUUUGACAUUUAUGACAAUGAAGCCGAGGUUGAGGAGAAAGACUUUGUGUACAUUAAUAAGAACACAAAAAGAGGUUGCUAUUCGUACAUUGGGAGGAUCGGGGGAAAACAGGAGAUCGGUUUACCCGUGGGUUGCAUUAGCCAUAGGACAGCCAUGCAUGAAAUGCUUCACGCUCUUGGAUUCAGGCACGAACACGUUCGAUACGAUCGGGACGAUUACAUUUACGUUUACUGGGAGAAUAUUGUCCGAGGCAGGGAAUCGAAUUUCAAAAAGCGGAGUCCAUCCGACCUCGUCUCCGGCCCGUAUGACUACGCCAGUAUUAUGCACUAUGAGAGGAAGGCUUUCUCCAAAAACGGACAGGAAACCAUCCGACCCUUGAAACCCGGAGCCACAAUUGGCGUUCGACAAGUUAUGAGUUACUGGGACGCGCAGAAAGUGAACGUCGUCUACAAGUGUGGAGGAAGUUAUAGCAAUUCAGAUUUGCUAGAGUACAGUCCAGAACUGAUCCACUACAACGAAAAUCACGAUCGGAACGAGUCUUCCUUGCCAAUUGCGGAAUAUGACGAUUUUAACCGGGAACCACCAGUACGAAGGGAUGCCCGGGCAGGAAGAGGUCACAACGGAGACCACAACAACCAUGAGGAUCACGACCACCACCACGAUGACGAUAACCACCACGUAUUCGGACCACCCCCACCACCACCUCCAGCCAGAAAUUCUUUUCGACACCCUCCACGUCGUCAGCAGGACGAUGAUCGGAAUGACGGGCCAGAGGAGAAUAAUGAAAACGGUGUAGACGAGUCUUUUGCAGAUGACCAUUACGACAAUAAUGACCCCCAUAAUCGUAUCCAUUACCAUAAUAACCAGCAGCAGCAGGAGGAGCAUCAAAGACCUCGAGAAAACCGGGAGCACUUCCACCAUCGAGACCCUGGGGACGAUUUUCUAACUUAUCUACAGUCAGACAGUGGGGAUGGCCGGUCUACCAGUUCCCCCACCACGAAUAACAAUAACGUAAAUGUAAACGGGAAUGCGGAACCUUUUUAUGAUGACUUUUACGAUUUUUAAUACACACACGAGAUGCAAAGGAGUGUUAAUAAAUUAAUUCUACUAAUUGACCAAAACAA